AUGCCCGAAUUAGUCGAGUACCAUUGCGAUAUCAUGAAUUGCAAAAAGACCGCGAUUGGUUACUUUGUGAUCUGCGAUUGGUGCGUAAAGUCGCAUUGCAACAAACAUAAUGUGCCAAAAUAUCAUGGUUGUCUCAAGUUAGAUCAGACAAAGACUCAUGAAGAAGCACGCCAUGCGAAAUUGAAGGUCCAUGCGGAAGCUCAGGUCAAAUAUUUCGGUAAUCUCUUGGAACAGUUGAGGCAACAUGAAAGGUUUAUAAUCAACGAAGCUCAACAACUUCGACCUGGGUGUCCGUGCGCGUUAACGGUGCCGAUGAAUGUCGAUGCAUUCGUAGAAGCCAACCAAAAUGCAGGAUUCAACUUACACUUCAAUUUGAACUUUGAUGACGGCGUCAAGUGGCUUUUGCGGGUCCGUCAGAAUCGCGGACAUCGACCACCAAAAGAAAUUGCAAAUACGGACAUAUCGAGCGAAGUGGCAACUCUGAAAGUUCUGAGAGAGAAAGGGAUUCCUGUACCGGAAGCCUUUUUUCCUCCCGCCCUGAGCAAUACAGACGAUAAUUCAGCCCCACCAUUUGAUUAUUUCUACUACGAAUUUGUUAAUGGGAACCCUUGUCACCUCCCUAGAGAAGGGUAUUUUGGGCUAAUCGAUCUUCCAGACCAUCGUUUACAUCGUUUCAUAGACGAAUACGCUAAACUUCAAAUUCGGUUAUCAGAGAUCAAAUUACCUUACAGAGAGAUUGGUUGUAUCUACAUGAACGAAGCAGAUGAUCAAGGCUUGUCGAGCAGAACUGGACCAAUCGUCCGUCGUGGUUGUUUCAUGAAGCCGGAACCGCCUUAUUUCUUUGGUCCAUUCUCUACGAAUAAAGAGCGGUAUCUUACGCACAUCGAUGCUGCCUUACACUAUAUAUCUAUCAACGCACUUCAAGAAACUCAACCUAUUGAUGAAUAUCUAUGGCAUCUGGAGAUAAGAGAGCUUGUGGAGGCUUCAAAGGUGUUGAGUGAAAAGCCUGAUCAGUUGUUCAUCAAGCACGAUGAUGAGAAAGGAGACCACCUCAUGGUUGAUGAUGAUGGAAAUAUCGUAGGAGUGAUUGAUUGGCAAUGGGCAUAUGCAACAACUAAAGCGGAAGCUUUUUCACCUCCUUUCAUAUUCAACCGACAAGCUCAAUUUGUCUUCGGCGGCAAUAAUAGCCUUACUAGGGACGAGAACAUACUCAUUGCAUGCUACGAAAGAUACGAUCGACCUGACUUGGCAGACUGCGUCAGAAAUGGUAGAUUGUAUCUACGUUUACAGCGAAUAGGGCAGUACGAUCCUGUUUACCAAAAAUCUGGAUUUAGAGAGGUUUUUGGCGAUGACAUUCCAAAAGAUUUUCAUCCUCCAGCUCAAGAUGUAGACUGGCGUGUAUACAUGAUGAAGCGAUACAAGGAUCAUGCAGGACUCAGCGAUUUGCUUCAACAGCAUGGAUGGUCAAUUGCAAAGGCCGAAGAAAAAGCCAAGAAAUGGCAUACUGAGGAAGCAGAGAAGAAACGCCAAAAACAUCUGGCAAAGAAAAAAGAGAAAAUGGACCAGAAAAAGCGAGAAGAGCAGGAGCUUGUGAAACAAGUCGGGGACCUUACGAUGGAUGAGGUUCCGAUCGAAGUCAUACCUGCCAUUCACGCGUCUGCGGUGCAUGAAGAACAUAAAAAUUGUACUCAUUAA